GAUUACCUUCUUUGUUUGUUAGCAUAUUCUUGAAAAUGAUGACCAAAGCGAAGCGGCUGGUGAACCCUAAUUAGUUGUCGGUGUUUUUGGCAGAGCUCGUCUCUGUUUUCUUCGUCAUCUCCCUUCCCCGACCAGAGAUGCUCCCAACACUCUAAAGCUUUCGACUUUCCGACACCCUCUCAGGUUUUUCCUGUUGAUUACAUAGUGCAACUUGAAUUGGAUGCAGAUGUUAGCGAAAGCACAUAGUAAGGGGGAGGGAACCAAGUCCCUGGCUAAGAUACUGGCGAAAUGGAAAGAAUAUAAUGCCCAGCUUGAUUCCUGUAGUGAUGCGGAUAAACCAGUUCGCAAAGUUCCUGCAAAGGGAUCGAAAAAAGGGUGUAUGAAAGGUAAAGGUGGGCCUGAGAACUCGCGGUGUAACUACAGAGGUGUUAGGCAGAGAACUUGGGGAAAGUGGGUUGCUGAAAUCAGAGAGCCAAACAGAGGGAACAGGCUCUGGCUAGGUACUUUUCCCACUGCCAUUGGAGCUGCUCUUGCAUAUGAUGAAGCAGCGAGGGCAAUGUAUGGAUCCUGUGCCCGUCUCAACUUUCCCAAUGUUUCAGUUUCCAGUUUCUCCGAGGAAUCCUUGAAAGAUUCUCCAAUGGCGAAUCAUUCUGGUUCCUCAAUGGCAGUGUCUGCAAAUGAAUCCAUGGUUUCACCUACUAACUCUAAGGGGGGAGGAGCAGAAGAGGAUGUUGAUAUGGAGCCCAUUUCCUUAUCCUUAAGUGUAAAACAUGAGAACGGGGAAGGUGAAUCAGGGAUAAGUUCAUCCCCUCCUUCUUCUUCUUCAUAGUGUAAAUUUGAACACGGCUAAAAUUCUUAGCUCAUGUACUUGUUAAUUGUAGCUUAGGUUUAAUGAAUCCUGAUAUUUGGUCCCUGGAGAUUAGCUGCUGUAAAACUAAAAUGAACUUGGUUGCAAAAAUGGUCAUUCUUCUGAUUUUGGCCUAAUAUGCUCAAGGUAUCCAUUCUGUUUUUAACUCAUCAUAUGUGAAUCAUACUUACCUCUGUUCUUGUAA